GGCGGGGCGGGGCGGGGCGGGGCGGGGCUCGCGCUCUCCCUGGUAACGAGCACCGCGCGCGGGGCCGCGCCCUGCCCGGGCCGCCCCCCCACGGCCCCUGAGGGCCCCGCACCGCCGCCAUGCAGGGCGAGGACGCCCGCUACCUCAAGAGGAAGGUAAAAGGAGGCAACAUAGAUGUGCACCCAUCUGAGAAAGCCCUCAUUGUCCACUAUGAAGUGGAAGCAACAAUUCUGGGAGAGUUGGGAGACCCCAUGCUGGGGGAACGCAAGGAAUGCCAGAAAAUCAUUCGGCUGAAGAGUCUUAAUGCAAAUACAGACAUUGGUUCCCUGGCUCGAAAGGUGGUUGAAGAGUGCAAGCUCAUUCACCCCUCCAAACUGGGGGAGGUAGAACAGCUCCUGUACUACCUGCAGAACCGCAGAGAUGCCUCAGCAGGAAAAGAAAAGAAAGAGAAGUCCAGUAAGCCAAAAGAUCCACCCCCAUUUGAAGGAACGGAGAUUGAUGAAGUUGCCAAUAUCAAUGACAUGGAUGAGUACAUUGAGCUACUGUAUGAGGACAUUCCUGACAAGGUGCGUGGCUCUGCCCUCAUCCUGCAGCUGGCCAGGAAUCCUGAUAAUUUGGAAGAGCUGCUUAUAAAUGAAACUGCCCUGGGUGCAUUGGCCAGAGUGCUGAGAGAAGACUGGAAACAAAGCAUCGAACUGGCUACCAAUAUAAUUUAUAUUUUCUUCUGCUUUUCAAGCUUUUCUCAAUUUCAUGGAAUUAUCACACACUACAAAAUUGGAGCUCUGUGUAUGAACAUCAUAGACCAUGAACUGAAGAGACAUGAACUUUGGCAGGAAGAACUUGCUAAAAAGAAGAAAGCUGUUGAUGAAGAUCCUGAAAAUCAAACCCUGAAAAAGGACUAUGAGAAAACUUAUAAGAAAUACAAAGGGCUGGUUGUCAAGCAGGAACAGCUCCUCAGAGUUGCCAUUUACCUGCUCCUAAACCUUGCUGAGGACACUCGCAUUGAGCUGAAGAUGAGAAACAAGAACAUUGUCCAUAUGCUGGUGAAAGCACUGGAUCGUGAUAAUUUUGAGCUGCUGAUCCUCGUUGUAACUUUCCUGAAGAAACUCAGCAUUUUUAUGGAGAACAAAAAUGACAUGGUUGAAAUGGAUAUUAUUGAAAAACUUGUGAAAAUGGUACCUUGUGAACAUGAAGACCUGCUGAAUAUCACUCUUCGACUCUUAUUAAACCUCUCCUUUGACACAGGCCUGAGAAGUAAAAUGGUACAUGUUGGUUUGCUUCCCAAACUCACUGCACUUCUAGGAAAUGAAAACAACAAAAAAGUAGCGAUCUGUAUUCUGUACCACAUAAGCAUGGACGAUUGCUUCAAAUCCAUGUUUGCAUACACAGACUGUAUCCCGCAGUUAAUGAAGAUGCUUUUUGAAUGUCCUGAUGAGCGAGUUGACCUGGAACUUAUUUCUUUCUGUAUUAACCUUGCUGCUAACAAAAGAAAUGUGCAGCUUAUCUGUGAGGGAAAUGGUUUGAAAAUGCUAAUGAAGCGGGCUUUGAAAUUUAAGGACCCAUUGUUAAUGAAGAUGAUCAGAAAUAUUUCCCAACAUGAUGGGCCAACUAAAAGCCAGUUUAUUGAUUAUGUUGGUGAUUUAGCAGCUCAAGUAUCAAAUGAUGAGGAAGAGGAAUUUGUGAUUGAAUGCCUGGGAACACUUGCAAAUUUGACCUUACCUGAUCUGGACUGGGAACUUGUGCUGAAAGAGUACAAACUGGUCCCAUACCUCAAGGAUAAACUAAAACCAGCAGGUUCUGCGGAAGAUGACCUUGUUUUGGAGGUGGUGAUAAUGAUCGGGACUGUUUCCAUGGACGACUCCUGCGCUGCUCUUCUGGCUAAAUCUGGAAUCAUCCCUGCACUCAUUGAGCUUCUCAAUGCUCAGCAGGAAGACGAUGAGUUUGUCUGCCAGAUCAUCUAUGUCUUUUAUCAGAUGGUCUUCCACCAAGCCACCAGAGAUGUCAUUAUCAAGGAAACUCAAGCCCCAGCAUAUCUUAUAGACCUGAUGCACGAUAAAAACGCUGAGAUCCGCAAGGUUUGUGACAACACUCUGGAUAUUAUAGCGGAAUAUGAUGAGGAAUGGGCUAAAAAAAUCCAGACUGAGAAAUUCCGAUGGCACAACUCUCAGUGGCUGGAGAUGGUGGAGAGUCGGCAGAUGGAUGACAGUGAGCAGUAUCUGUACGGUGAUGAUCCCAUCGAGCCCUACAUCCAUGAAGGGGAUAUUCUGGAAAGACCUGACCUCUAUUACAAUGCAGAUGGCCUGAUAGCCCCCGAUGGCGCGGUGAGUCCGGAUGUGUUUGGGGAUUACCAUCUCCAGAAUGGAGACCUGGUUGGGCAGCAUCCCUUCUCUGGCAAGGCAAUGGACAGUUACUCUUGUUGGUUUAUUCUAUCUGUGAUGCACCAGAAAGCUGAACAUUGAGCAAGGGUGGAAUGGUAACAUUUUUAAGGACAAAUUAAAAUAAAUAACAUGCUCAGGAAAAAAAGCAGGACUUGAGAUGAAUCCUCUAGAAAAAAAGUAAGUAUUUCUAUUCAGUAAGCAUAAAGUUGAGACUAGUGUGCAACCCUUUGCUUGGAGCCUGUGUUUGUAAAGGGGAUGCUGGCACUCAUUGAUUCCAAAUACACAACCUUCAUUUCAGAACAUGCAGGUGACAGAGGAACUGAGGGAAGUGUGAGCUAUGUGCUCCUCUUGCAGUCUCAGUCUAUUCACCUUCAGAAUAGACACAUAAAUCAGGAGGUGACAAAUUCUUUAUAACCAGAACACUGUAGGGUACAUGCUCCCAGCAGUCUUCACCCCUCUGGAGGUGUGGAGCUUGCAGACUCCUCUGUUUCCAGUAAACAUAGAUAAAACCCCAAAGAUACUCUUGUUUUGCCUGAAAGCUUUCAGCUGGGGCAAAAAAAAUCUCAAGUGUCCUUCGUUAAAAGUUAAGGUACAUCACAGCCUCAAAUUCCAGUCCCUUAUCAGGGAGCUACGUUAGCAAGCUGCUUUUUAAUUGGAUUGUGUUCCAACUAAAAUAAGUAACAAAAUACAUCUGGUGUAUACCCAAUUAAAUUGUUUGUAGAAUUUUCUUGUGUGUUUUGAGGCAUUUUGGAGGCUCACCUCCAGGAAACAGAAAAACUGCAGUUUGGCUCACAGCAAACUUAGUAAUUGCCCAUUGAUGGUUGCCUCUGGAAAUACUCAGAUUUCUCACUAGAAUUCUGUUUUCUAGGAAGGCUUCUUUCAAUAUGAUUGCUCCAUGGAUUUAUCUGCAGUCCAGACACACAGUCUAAUUGGAAACAGUGUGGAGUGCUGCAAAUGUUCUGUCCUAUUUGUAGCAAAGCAGGAGUGAAUUGUUUGAUAGAAUAGAUACUGGCAGUUGAACGGCGAAUCCUCGUUUUCAGAUGUGUGUCAUUAUCUCUCUGAACUGCUUGGCGCCAGAAGCCAGGAUUUCCUGAUGCUUAGACCUAAUGUAAAAUGCAUUAGUGCUCCAAGGCAUGAGCCAUGGAAUUGCCAGUCCCAUGAGUUUGGAGAGUAAGACCCUCCCUUUUCCCAAAUUUGAACUGGUGUUGGAAGGUAAAACCAUACGUGCUGGAGAGCCUAAUUAAAAAUAAUAGCAGCAAGUCAAGGCGCUUUUUAUGUGUUAUAUAGUGUACAUUUCAGCCAUACCAAAACAUAAUUCUAGGGUAUUUUUAUGCUUACAGUUUAAAGCUAACAAGAACCUUAUGUCAGGGAUUUAUUUUUAACCAGUUCCAGCUUUUAAUAAAUCAAGAUUUUUGUUAUAAAAAUGGUUCAUUUUUCUAUUAUUAAUAUUUGAAUAUGUUUUCAAAACUUGUCAAGAAAACUGAAUUACAAUUUUCAUAGACAAUUAGCAAGUCAGUUAACAGUUAUGUGUUUGAGAGUUCAAACAGAGAUGGCCUAAUAAUGAGUAGAUACAACUUUUGUUCUUUUCAUUUGUUAUAAUUUUUUUAUUUGUUAUACAUUUAUUUGUUGUGCCUGUGUCUUCUGGUCUUUGCCUUUUAUAUUAGGCUUUUUAAUUCUGUAACAGAAACAGUUGUUUGGUAAGUUCUGGAGUCUCUUUGUCAUGUAAGACCAUCCUGUGAAUUUUGAGGUAGGUAACAACCAUGAGCUGAUUUCUUUCUACUCAGCCUUGAAUAAUCUAAUCCUUUCUUCUCCUUUCUGCAUUCCUAUGAGGAAGAACAAGGAUAUGUUACCUCUUUAAUUUCUCUGAGGCUAUUUCCUGUCCUUGCAAUGUGCUCAGACUGGAUCAGGACUUCCCCUUGCCUCCAAGACUGCUGAACAAGUCAGCCAGAAAGUCUCACCUUUUUAAUGCUGAGAAGCUGAGUUAGUGUUGGUCUGGUGCCCCCAGU